AUGUCAAAACGCCCAGCAGAUUCGUCUCCUUGUCCCAGCAGCAAAAAAGUGAAACGCGUAUGUAAGUUUCAAGACAAGUGGACGACUGAGUUUGAUUGCAUAUCCAGAAGCAAAAAGGGUAGCGAAUUCGUGUUGUGCAAAACAUGUGACAUGGACUUUUCCAUCAGCAGUGGUGGUCGCAAUGAUAUCACCAGACACCUGUCGUCCAAGACGCAUACGUCUAACAGAAGUUCAUCAGCCAGUACACCUCUCAUCCGGGAUGCCUUCAAGCCAACCAUCACCGACCCGGUCGCGAAGGCGGAAGUGUAUUUUGCAUCUUUCGUUGCAGAACAUCACCUUCCCUUCACAAUUGCAGACCAUUUCACGGACUUAGUUAAAGUGAUGUUCCCUGAUAGUGACAUAGCGCGGAAGUUUAGGUGCAAGAGAACUAAAACGGCUAACAUUAUCACGAAGGCUUUAGCGCCUGUCGCACAGAAACGUGUAGAUGCUCUGUGUAGGGAGAACAAGUUCAGUAUCAUGAUGGACGAGUCUAACGACCAAGGUGACAAGAAGUGCGUAGCUAUUCUCGUCCGAGUGUAUGACUCGUCCGUUAUCAAAGUGACCACUUGUUUCCUGGCUAUGCCGGUAUGCAACAUCGGUACAGGAGAGAACCUCUUCUCCUGCCUGAAUGAGGUGUUCCUUCAGCGGAACAUUCCAUGGAGGAACGUUAUUGGGUACAGCUCCGACAACGCACCGGUCAUGAUCGGUAAAUCGAACUCUGUGCUCUCUCGCGUUCGAGAGAAGAACCCGGAUGUUGUAAACGUAGGGUGUGUGUGCCACAUCAUGAGCACGUGUACACAGUACGGGGUAAAGAAGUUGGGUGUGCCGGUUGAGGAGGUGCUGCAGGACGUGUUCACUCACUUCCAACACAGUUCCAAGCGACGGCAGAUUCUUCAAGAAUUCCGGGACUUCACGAACACGGACAACUACAAGCUCGUUCGUCACUGCAGCACCAGAUGGCUUUCAUUGCAGUCGUGCGUAGAGAGGUUUCUUCAGCAGUGGCCCGCGCUGACAGCUUACUUCCAGAGCCAUGAUGACGCUGAGAAACGUGGCAGCAGGGUGGCUGGCAUCGCCCAGAACCUUCAAGAUCCACUACUGGCUCUGAGCUUCCGGUUCCUUUCGUUCAUCUUGGUUCCGUUGAAUACGUUCAACACCCAGUUUCAGAACGGCGAUUCCAUGGUGGGCUACCUCCACGGAGAGAUUUUACGCGUCAUACGCACGUUCAUGGGGAAGUUCGUCAAGACGUCAGUCAUAAACAGCGCAAGUGACGUGACGAAAGUCGACUUCAGCUGCCGCGAGAACCAACAUGACGACGAUCUCCUGGCAGUCGGCAUGGAAGCUCGUACCUACCUGGCCGAGAAUGAGGAUGUCCACCCAGAACUUCGAGCGAAGUUUUUCAGGAACGUUCGUGACUUCUAUGAGGAAAUGACCAGUAAGAUGAUAGGCAAAUUCCCAUUGACAGAUUCCAUCUUGCAGUCACUCUCCUUCCUUCGUCCUGAGAAGAGGGAGACGGUUUCUUCGGAAACAGUUGUCAAGCUGUCUUGUCGACUCGGCGUUGAACAUCCCGACGUAAUCCAGGAAGAAUUCAUCGACUUCCAGCUACUGUCACCGUCAGCCUUGCCGCCACAUGAGAUGGGGAUGACAUUGGAUCCUUUCUGGGCGGGAAUAGGGGAAAUGAAAACUCCACUGCAGAAACCACGCUUCCCCCAGUUGUUUCAGUUGGCCGUCGCUGCGAUGACGCUGCCACACUCCAACGCCGACCCGGAGCGUUGUUUUAGUGUUUUGAAGAAAAUUCAGCGGGAUGACAGAGAGAACUUAUCCAUGACAUCGAUCGAAGCUCUGUUGAGUUUAAAGUUCAACGAAAAGACAGCGUGCUUCGACACUAAGAUCACGAGUGAAAUGUGUGUAGCAGCGAAACAAGUGUGUAACUAAUGUGUGACUGUCCGGAUUAUAAGUUGACGAUCUACCGGUACUGUUUUGUUGUAUUUGUUUUAUUGUGAUUGGUUGUAUGUAUUGUGAAUUGAUUUGAGUUGACGAUCUAACGGUACUGUAUUGUUGUAUUUUGUAUUAUAUAAAUGUUAUAAAUGAA